UUAGGACAUUUUCAUCUGAGAGACUACCCAAUCCCCACUUAGCCAGCAAAGACGCCCUUACUGGCUAACCGAACCAACAGACAUGUGCUCUCUAUGGUCCCACCCACGUGCCACCUCACUUUCUUCUCAACCAUUACUUAACGCGUCCGUCACAUUCCGUCACGGCUAAUCUCACCUUAACCUCACGACUAUUUUCCUUCCGUUAAACCUCACCUGCUCUCUGCCACCGUGUUCCUUAACGUCGUCGUUCUACAACCGUAACGUCUUCAUGGCUUCCUGUGACGACGAUUUCUCUCUCCUCAGUGACGAUAACCACCAUAACCACCACCAAACAAACCCUAACCACCAGCAUCACCACCACCACAUCCUCCACCACCACCAACCCUAUGCCCCUCACCGUUUCCCAGCGAAAUCACCUCCAAUCCACGCGGCACCUCAAUCUAUACUACCUUCCGCUAUCGCCGACGGAUCUACCACCGGUGGCGUGGAAGAACCUGAAGAAGAAGAAGAAGAAGAGGAAGAUAACGAGAGCGAUUCACCUUUUCCAGAGGUAAAUCCCUUCAGCGACAACAAUUCAAAUGUACGGACAACAGCAACAACAACAACAGAAAAAAGAAGAGAAACAACAGAAGAUAAGAACAAUAGCGACGGAUGCAACAACAAUCCGUACAGCAACAGUUAUAAAAAAGCAAGACAGGCAACAGCAUCAUCAUCAGAGUAUAGAAAAGAUAGAGAAGAGUGGAGCGAUGCGGCAAUAGAGUGUCUAUUAGAUGCAUAUACGGAGAAGUUUACUCAGCUAAAUAGAGGGAAUUUGAGAGGGAGAGAUUGGGAAGAGGUAGCGGUUAUUGUGAGUGAGAGAUGUCAAAAACAGAGUAAAACUGUUGAGCAGUGUAAAAAUAAGGUUGAUAAUUUGAAAAAAAGGUAUAAGUUAGAGAGACAUAGAAUGAGUAAUGGCGGUUUAUCGGUCAGUCAUUGGCCUUGGUUUAAGAAAAUGGAGGAAAUUGUUGGCAAUUCUUUGCCUGUGAAGGUUGUUCAUGAUGAAUUUAAAGGUCUUGGUGCUGGUGCUGCUUCUGGAACUGGAGUUGGGCAAUCCAAGAGAUAUGCAACAGCAACAGCAAGCCCUGUAAGUCAAACAAAUGCCAUGAAGUCCAAAUCCAUUUCUAAUGCCAGAUGGCGUAGAGUAGUUUUGAAAAUCAGUGGUGUUGCUCUUGCCGGUACUGGUCCUAACAAUAUUGACCCAAAGGUGAUGAUGAUGAUUGCAAGAGAAGUUGCAAUUGCCUGCCACCUAGGUGUAGAGGUUGCAAUUGUCAUUGGUGGUCGUAAUUUCUUUUGUGGAGACACGUGGGUGACUGCAACAGGUUUAGAUAGACGUACUGCAUAUCAAAUAGGUAUGAUGGCAAGUGUGAUGAACUCUGUAUUGCUCCAGUCAGCGAUAGAGAAGGCAGGUGUUAAAACACGUGUGCAGACUGCAUUUGCAAUGCAAGAGGUUGCUGAACCAUAUAAUAGGCAACGAGCUAUUCGACAUCUUGAGAAAGGCAGAGUAGUCAUAUUUGGUGGAAUUGGUGCUGGGACUGGAAAUCCGCUCUUUUCCACUGACACUGCUGCAGCUCUUCAAGCUUCAGAGAUUCAUGCUGAGGCAGUCCUGAAAGGUACUAAUGUUGAUGGUGUCUAUGAUUGCCAUUCCCGAGACAACGGUGUCACUUUUGAGCAUAUUUCCUUUAGGGACUUGGUCUCGAGAGGUGCCACAUCAAUGGACAUGAUGGCACUGACCUGUUGUGAAGAGAAUGGCAUUCCUGGUUGUUGUGGUCUUUAACCUUCUUGAGCCUGGAAACAUCUCAAAAGCUUUGUGUGGAGAGCAAGUUGGCACUCUGAUUGAUCAAACUGGAUCUCUUGGCUGAUAGAUAUACUAACUUACUAAAGUCUUACCUGGUAUUGUACUUUAAAUGACCAUAUCUAGUUCCUUGGAAACCGUUCCAUGAACAGAUACAACGCACCUAAACCCUGUGACAGAGAUGCUCUUUCUGGUGACUAAAUUGGUUUUGCUCGGUAUGUGCUUGAGAAGGCAUGGUGAAUCCGCAGACUUACCAACUGCUGUCGAUUAUUUAAAAUCAAUUGGUUCGUUGCUAAGUUGCAUACAGUUGGUGCCGAUCUCCUGUAUUUUCAAGUUUGUAAAUUAUACUGACUCAUUGAAAGUGAUCAAUAGUGAGAAGUGGUCAAUGCCAGUGGAUUGACAGUGUAAUGCACCAAUUAGUGUAGAGCUGAGUCAUUUAGGCACUGUAGAGUUAAUUUUUAAAACAUGUUACUGGAGAUUCAUAUAAUUAUUCAAAUGCAUCUUACUGUAAACAAUACACUAUGGCAUUCAAUAUAAUUUUUUUUAUGAUUUGAUAUUA